AUGCCCCGGGGUCUGGACAUGUCACUUGACGAGCUCAUUGCGAAAAGGAAGAAACCCGGAGGGUAUCAUGGUUAUUUCAGAGGCCGAGGCCGUGGCCGUGGCUACGGCCCAGGCCCAACUCGUCGGCUCAUGAACCGCAACACCGUCAGAACAGCGCCGUACUCUGCUCAACCGAUUAUGCAAGUGGUGAGAACAACCGUUGAGCAAGAAAUGGAAGUGAGCGGAGGCACAGACACAGAGGAGGGCACCAAAUUAUACUUAUCUAACUUAGACUAUGAUGUUUCUAACAGCGAUAUUGAGUUGCUCUUCUCUGAGAUUGGUCACGUGAAACGACAUACAGUCCAUUAUGAUAGGAGCGGAAGAUCAAAGGGAACAGCGGAAGUCAUCUUUGUACACCAUUCAGAUGCUCUUGCAGCAAUUGAGAAAUACAACAAUGUUCAGCUUGAUGGAAAGCCAAUGAAAAUUGAGCUUGUAGGAGUGAAUCCUGUUGCUCCUAUUUCUGUGCCUCCAAGAAGCAUUCCGGGAAAUCCAAACUUUGUCUUCCAAAGUAGCCGAGGAAGAGCUGGUGCUAGGGGAUUGUUUCAUGGCCGUGGUGCUGGUGGGUUUCGACUUGCAAGGGGCAGUGGACAGGUGAAGAAGCCUAGUGGGAAGGUGAAGAAGCCUCGUGAGAAGGUGACUGCAGAAGAUCUGGACGCCGACUUGGAGAACUACCGCCUAAAAGCUAUGCAGAUAUGA